AUGGGUCAAAAUCAAGCCUCAGCUCUACUCACGUCGGCACACUCUGCUGAUGGCAUUCGAGACUUUCGAAAAGGACAAGUCUUUACUCCUUUCGAUCACAAACACAACACAAAAACUCACCAGCCCACAAACUCGAUCGAUGAUGACUUGGAUCCUUCACUUCUGCAAGGAGUAGGUCUCGAACGAAAUACAAGCAACAAUAUUGGCAGCAAGCGAAAAAGUUUUAAAUUUUCGUCCAACAACAGCAAUAGCAACAACCGAAGAAGAAGAAGUAAAACCACAGCACCCACUCCAACAGCAGCCACACGAGUCGUCACUCGGAUGAGUUGCUACUAUGGAACUUGUCCUGUUUUGCAGCAACAACAGCAAAUGAUCCAACAACAAGAAUUACAACGUAAACAAGAAGAACAAAAGAAAAACGCACACAACGAAGAAAAUCGUUUAAUAUCAUCUCUCGAAAGAAUAGUAACAUGUUUUAAGUGA